AUGUCCUUCGGCUUCAGUCCAGGGGAUAUAGGCUUCUUCAUUGGUUUCGGUAACAAAAUUGUCAAUGCACUCAAAGAAUCUAAGAAGGAUUAUCAAAUGGCGAUGCGCCAGUGUCAAGGGUUCCUCGCGGUGAUGGAUACGCUGAAACGCCUGGAUCUGUCCCGCAUGCCGGCCAAUAUCAAGCAACAGAUCCAGGAACAAUCCAACGGCCUCGACGGUUUUGUGGCGGACUUUAAACAAGGUAUCCAUAAGUACGAGAAAGGUCUGGGUGAGUACUCGGAGCGCGGGAUGGUUGCCAAUGUCCCGCGUAAGCUGCAGUGGGCUUUUGCUGCUGCUGAUGAUCUCGACAAGGGUGCUGCGACGUCUGGCGAUCGCCGUCUAGACAACGCUUCUGACGGAACCGUGGUUCGAAGUCCCUAUCAGCACGCCGGCCACAUGAGCAUGGUACCAGGGCGACUGGCACAAUCGAAUCAUAGGUUACUCUUGGAAAACGUAGAUGACUUGACGGACAUUAUCUACAAGCGCCUCUUGACACGACCUGGACUACCGCUGUCAGAACAGGCAAAAGUGUUCACUCUACCAGACGCUGCAAUUGAUUAUCCACUGGUCCUGGUUCCGCGGCAGCCCGACUCGUCACACGUGAUUGCACCCAGAACUGCUUCUUCUGACGACCGGUCAGACCACUUUGUUCCAAACCAAGAUCUCCCAGAAUCCGCUGCUUCCACAGACGGCGAUCACAACGUGUCUCAAGGUGUCGAUGAAUACUUGCGCGCUUUGCACUUGCCAGAAUUGACUGAAGCUGAGGCUGCGCACAUGGAUCAACAUUCGCAGUCGCCACUCCUUCUCACGAAUGGGGCUAUGGGAGAUCCAACAAGAGAAGCGAGCCCUGAUCAAUUCUCUAGCAAUCAACAUCGCAACGGAGGCACUCGAGAGAAAUGGAGAUUUCCGUCGAAGAUACAGAUGCCUAGCUUCGGUCUGGACCCUAUGAGUGGGCUCGCAUUGGCAGCUGGGGUAAUUCAGAUGGUGGAUUAUGCCGCGAGAGUGUCAUUGAGCUUCUCCAGUACAAGACGCAGCCUGAAGCAUGCUCUGAAAGAAAUCUUGCAGCUAUCCGCUCGAAUCAUGGACUACUCGGCCCUUCUCAAGCCUAUAGCCGAGGUCUUGCUCCGAUCCCAGUCAUCUUCGCCGCUACACGAUAUCGCGUAUCGCGUUCUCGCCGAUUCCAAAAAUGUCCUGGAAGAGGCCAAAGAAGUCCUCGAGCGCUUCAACCCGACAGCGUCCGGCGGAGGUAUCACCAGAGCUCUCAUAUUCUUCAAAUGGAAUCAGUAUCGGGACGAUAUUCUCCAGGCCAUGGAGCACAUUGAAAGCCUCAAGUCGACCUUGACGACUAUGUUAUAA